ACGAGUCCAUUGCUUUCAUAUUUAUUCUCUGUUUGUGCUAGCCCCAUUGCUCAGUUUUUUGCUUCUCCAUUGGGGGGAUGAUAUAUUGAAUAUUUCAACCCAAUUCGAUGCAGUGAAUCUUAAAUUAUGGAUGAUUCCGGCAAUCUUCUGAAACAGUACCCCUACGUUACAUCCCAAGAUGUGGACUAUCUUCGAGAGGGUUAUGGUGCUCUCGGAGAUAUUACUCAACUUGUUCGGUGUAUAAACACAGCACGAGAAACUCAACAAGCCAAUGGUCGUGAACAUGUUUUAGCUGGACCAUUGCUUGAUGUGCAAUCAGUCCAUGUACUACCAAAACCAGCACUCAAAGGAAGACCAGUUUUUGUGUAUGGUAGGAUUCGUGUUAAUUAUCUACACAUCAGUGAUGGUAGACAAAUGCAUCUUGACAUUUAUAACCGAAGUGCCGAUGAUGCUGAAUACAUUAGCCCAACUGGCGGUAAUUUAACUCUCACUUGGCCUGAUGAUAAUAAUCAGAAGGUCUAUGACUUGUGGAUGAAAUUGGACAAAACAACAAUAGCUGCGGAUCUCUAUCUCAAAAUUGGAAAUCGGACUGCUCCACUUGCCGUAGAUGACAUUUUAGUUGGGGAUACAACCGAAGGUGAUUUUGAAGAAGUGAAAUCAAAAGUAAUCGGUGGAAAACUUUGCUCCGCUACUGUUGUUUAUAUUGCAAUGCCAUUUGCUACAUUGGGUCGACUGGGCAUUCAUUUCUCCAGCAAAGACCGAAACAUCCAUCAGGUUAAUGUCGCCGGUAAAAUAUCUGCACGAUAUAAGAACACUUACGGCAACUAUGACUCGGAAGAAUGGACUCUUUUUGAGAGUAAGGAUGAAUUUGAGCCUGUCAAUUUAAAGAUGAAUAAAUUCUUGAGGCUCUCUAGAUACUGGUUAGGGAAGCCUGCGUAUUCAUCACUCAUUCUUGAUCUGGAUUUGAGAGACUUCGAUGCCAACACAACGCUCAUCAAAAGAAAAGUGGAAUUAUUUGACCGGAACGGUGUGUUUUCAACUGAGUAUUUAGUGACAGUAGAUGGUUUGACCAUUGAUGUGCAUAUGCCUAUGUUUUCGUAUCAACCUGAUGGCUGCUGCUAUGAGAGCAGUGAUUCGGAUGAGUCUGAUGAUGAAUGCGUUUUCGAAGACAACCUUCGGUACCAUCAUCAUAGUAUGCCAGUGACACCUUGCGCAUCAAACCUAGUGGAGUUCUACUCUGUUCUUAUUGGUCGUAGAAAUUUGAUGGCAUUGAAUGUGUCAGGCACUAUUGAAAUCACUACCGACCAUAAUUCACAAUAUCUAUUCAAGAGUAUUGGUGACGAUGUUGUGAAAAUGGAAGAAGGAGACAAAGUAUGCGGACCUAAAGGAAAAUCUACACCAUCUGCUAGUGUGCCGCCACCCUUUACCAAGGGCACACCACCACCUCCAGAACGGAAACCAGUUCUCCGCCAGUCAAAUCCUUUCUCAACGGUUUUACGUGAUUACAAUCAUCAACGGGUUGAUAAAGGCUUUCAUCAGGAAGGGAAAUCAUUGUCUGUGUUUGUCAAGAAUUUACCAACUACGGUAUCAAUUCAAGAUAUUGUUAGAGAGUUUCAAAACUUUGGAACAAUCAAGCAAGGUGGAGUGGUUUUGAGAAAGGGAAAGGAUGUUGGCAUCUGCUAUGCGGUUGUUGAAUUUGAAGAUGUCCAGGGUGUUUGCAAUGCACUCAAGGUUUCUCCAAUAAAAUUAAAUGGAAGGCAAGUCCACAUACAGGAGAGGAGACAAGUCAACAAGAACAACACUUCACGUGGGAGAGAAGGUGCAGGAAGAGCAGGAGGUCGAGGGAGAUCAUUUGGAAUGGGAGCUUAUCAACAUAACCCUGUGGUUAUGACUGGGUGAAGAGUAAUAGCUUUUGUGCAGCUUGAUACAGAAAACGGCUGGCCUUUUGUGAGUAGGGCUAUAAAAGAAGCAAACCUUUUUUGUUUGAUUCGUGAUUCGUAUUCGAUUACUUCGAAUCCGAAUUCGAAAUGAGGAUGCUGUUUCCUUUUUUUUGCUUGAGCCGGGGGUCUCUUGAAAACAACCUUACUAGUUUGGAGUAGGUGCAAGGACUGCGUACACACUCAUCUUUCGAGACCCUACUCUUGUGAGAUUCAACUGGGCUGUGGUUGUACUCUCAAUCGACUUGUGUAGAACUGUGUGUGCCUUUUCCUCUUUGGGUAAUUUUGUGUUCGCUUCAGUUUCCAAUCUAAGCAGCACUCCUUACACCUAUAUUUUUUGCAUGUGGAUGUGCUGUAGUGGUUGUUCAUACUUGUAAUUUUGAGUUGAAAUUUUCUUUCAAACGAAGGGCUUAUGUGAUAUUGUGUAUUUGUGUGCUCAUGUGAAAGUG